UCCCCCCCUCCUUAUUGCUCUUCCUUUUUCUUUUUUUGUUAUUCUCUCUCUCCCUUAGCCGAUCAGUUUUCAUUUUGUGUAUCCGUUUCUCAGCAAGGAAAAAAGCCACCUUAUUCCCUGAUUUUAAGACAGCUCAUGUCAGAAGAUAUGAAUCUAUCCAUAAAUGGUCAGUCUCAAGUCCCUCCUGGUUUUAGAUUUCACCCUACAGAAGAGGAGCUUCUUCACUAUUACCUCAGAAAGAAAGUGGCUUAUGAAAAGAUAGACCUGGAUGUUAUUCGGGAAGUUGAUCUUAACAAGCUUGAGCCUUGGGAUAUACAAGAGAAGUGCAAAAUAGGAUCCACCCCACAGAAUGAUUGGUACUUCUUCAGCCACAAGGACAAGAAAUACCCUACGGGGACCAGAACUAAUCGUGCAACAGCUGCCGGGUUCUGGAAAGCAACUGGCCGUGAUAAGAUUAUUUAUAGUGGGUUUAGAAGAAUUGGGUUGAGGAAGACAUUGGUCUUUUAUAAAGGAAGAGCUCCACAUGGACAAAAAUCUGAUUGGAUUAUGCACGAGUACAGGCUGGAUGAUAACACCACCCAUGACUCUAAUGGUUCCAAUUCCAUUGGAGAUUCUGUGCCUGAAGAUGGCUGGGUGGUUUGCCGUGUAUUUAGAAAGAAGAAUUAUCAGAAAACCCUAGAGAGUCCUAAAAGCUCCUCCGCCACUUCUCUGGAUUCAAAGACGCAGAUGCUUUGCUCAGGCAACGAUGGGGUUCUAGAUCAAAUUCUUCUCUAUAUGGGAAGGACUUGCAAAAUGGAGAAUGAUUCAUUGAGCAACAUGAAUAUUCCCAACGCCAACAACAGCAACAAUAAUCUUAGAAUGCUCGUUGCAAAUAACACAGGAAUCGGCGACGGUUUACACGAAAGGUUUAUGCAUCUUCCAAGGCUGGAGAGUCCAACUCUCCCUUCGCUUCCCAUGGGUAGCUCACCUUUUGAUCAAGAAAGAAGUUUCAAGUCAUGUUACCAAUCCAUCGACGACAUGCUGACUGAAACUGAACCAUCUUCAAUCAACCAAGGGGGUGGUGCUUGUGACACGGGUUCAGUUCAGAAUAAUAAUGAGUCCAAAAAUGGCGUUAAUGACUGGGUCACCCUGGAACGACUUGUGGCAUCCCAGCUAAAUGGUCAUGUAGAGACAAGCAAGCAACUAUCAUGUUUUAGUGACCCUAAUGCGGUUUUCAGUCUUUGUCACGAUGAUGAUAUUCAAUUAUCGCACAUAAAUUUGCACAGAUCAAAUCAAAACUCCGAGGUCUACAGCAACGAGAAUGAUCUAUGGAGCUUGACGAAGUCAUCGUCACCGUCGUCAUCAGACCCUUAUGCCACCUGUCGGUAUAAUAGAAGUAUGCUCUCAACAUGUCAAGAACAUACAAAGAAGCCUGCUGCUCAAUGCUCAAGUCCUAAUUAGGUAUAUGUGACAUAUAGACAAAUAUAUUAUACAUAUCAUAUGUAUUUUGCAUAAAUAAGGUGAAAUAUGAGAUGGAGUGGCAUUGUCAACUCAUUAUACUUUACUUAAUAACGAUGUCAUCUAGUUACCACUCGCCCAUCCCUGGACGGAUUAUUGUUCUAGGGACUAGAUUAAUAUGUUCUUUUCUACUUGUAAUCAUUUCCCAUUGGGGUUGUGGUCUUA